AUGUUCAUGUUGAAGUUUAGAAUUGAGAUAUUGAAGUGUGAAGAAGGAAGGAAGAAAAAAGGUGGCAUAGCUGAGAAUGCAUAUAUCAUCAUUAAUGGAUUGAUUGAUGUUCCAAGAAUACGUAAAGGAAUCAGAAAAGGUGAAGAAGAUAGAGAAUUAUAUACAAAGAAAAAUAUUAGAGACCAAAAUUUCCCACCGAAAACGAUGACCAAACAGUUCAAGGUAGAGGUUGUUUUCGAUUUCACAGAAGGCAGAACUGGAGGUGUUACUUUGGUUAAUGAACGACGAAUUCCUCUUUCUCUAGAUGACAAUCUUGAAUCCUUUCCUUACAUGAAGGUUGAUAAGACUCUCCUGAGAGAAAAAGGUGCAUGA